AUGGCGCUCCCUGGUUACUGGAAUUCCUUGAUGGCAGGACAGAAGAAGCCACGAUGGGACGAAGUAGAAGACUGGGUGCUCUUUGAAUGUAGAAGAACAAAUUUGGAUCUAUCUUGGCCAGCUAUCGCAGAGCGGACAGAGCUGGGCAGGAGUGGUAAGAGUUGUUGGGAGAGGUUUAAGAACCAUCUGGAUCCCUAUGUCAAGAAAGGGAAGUUCUCCAAAGAGGAAGACAAGUUCAUCAUCGACCUCCAGUCACGCCAUGGGAAUAGAUGGACAAAGAUAGCAGAUCGUCUUGGGCGAACCGAUAAUGAUGUCAAAAACCGUUGGCACGAACAUUUGAAGAAGAAGGAGCUUGGGAGAAGUACCGGGGAUCAGCCACAUACCACACAACCCUUUCAUCUCAACCACAAUAUCGAUCCAAAUGCAAGCUCAAGCUCGAUCACUUCUGAAUUACCCCCUCUGGACAGCGAGUUCAUGCAAACUGAAGAAGUCAUUAAAUGUUUUUCUGAUUGA